AUGGCGGUGGAGGCGGCAGUGGCCUGGUACGAAGAGUUGCGAGCGCAGGAAGAGAUGCAGGAGAAGAUCAGCAACGAGAUCACGCGCCUCAGCUUGAGUACGAGGGAAAAGGGAUUCUCAAAAGGCUUGAGCAAGGCGGAUCUCCGGAAGAAGCGGGCCGAGGUCGACAAAGAGCGCGAAGCCUUGUGCCAGAGGUACUGGAAGGUCAUUUUUGAGACGGGGGGUUCCAAACCGGAUUUCUCAGGCAUGACCGAGGCCGAGCGAGCGGAGGCGGCGGAUAAGCUGAGGAGCAACGAGCUGCGGUAUGCGCGCCGCCUUACGGAAGAGGGCGACCCAAGGGGUCGGACGACGGAAGCCUUUGCUCGCAUCCUCGACUUCGAUCCCAAGCAGGGGGGCCGCUACUACAACCGGUACACCCUCGUCAACCUCACUAGAUUCGACCUCGAUGAAGAAUCACCCUUUGGUCCGAUGAGAUUUACUGAUUACCCCCACAAAGUAAUCGAGACCGAGAACUACAAACUGUCUGGGGCUGUAAACUUCUUGUCUGUCAAGGUAGCCUCUUCGGAUAUUGGCUUCCCGAUCCAUGUGUAUGGCACUGUCAUUGUCAGGGACAGCAUCGAUGAGAGGUGUGUUUAUCACUUCCGCCGCGACCCUGACCAUUGCCAACUCAUCAAUUCUGAGGCUGAAUCAUUGAUCUUGACUGGGCCGAAACGUGGGCUCGCAUUGUGUGGUUAUAUGUAUGUGGAGAUUGAUCUAAAGAUCAAGGAUCAUCUAGGACAGCCCAGAGAAUUUAGUAAAGGACUCUUAAGCAUCAGUGACCCAACAGAUUGUGCAUCGAUGGUAUCAAUGGUCGAAACCAAAUCGCUUGCUACCAGGCUCAGUACUAUGGACGUGACUUAUGCAGUUGUGAAUCGUGCAAUUGAGGGAUUUAUUGCAGUUGAAGUUCUGCAGGGAGGUUUUCAUGGAAAAAUCACCGCAUACACCACCAGCGUCCAGGACAUACUUGUGCUUUAUGACAGCAAAGAGGCUGAUGCUACGACUGUUGAUGAUUGCGGAGAUAUCCUGCAGCUUAUGCGGCCUGUCGUAUCUGUCCACGUUGAGGAUUUCCUGAUAAUUGUUUUCCACACCGGUGACGGUAAAUCAGAGAGCAUACAGUUCAUUCCAAUGGUCAACGGCAGAGAUGAAGGUCAAAUUACUGUUGGUGCUACCAAGAUGCGUGUGAAGCUUUCUUGGUCGAUAAUGGACCCUUGA